AUGCGACCAGAAGCGAUUGAGAGCAUAUUGAUGCGGUUAAAAAAUGGUGAAAUUUCGGAAGACGAUUCCACCGACAAUGAAGAUGACAUAGACUAUUAUUCGAGCCAAAGAGAUCGCCUGAUGGAGCUAGAAGAUGAAGAGGAUGUAGGUAAUUUUCCCACUGACCCAAACUUGGAUGCAGAUCCGCCUGUAGCAAUCGUAGAUACCGAAAUGCAACAUAAUUUAGAGAUUGUUGAACGAAGCCCAACUCCUACAACCAGCAGCCAGAACAACCUGCAAACUGCACCUUUCAACUCUAGAAGCUUAGUGUGGAGAGUAAAGAAUAUGGACAUAGUCCAAAAUGCUUUCCAGUUUGCUGGAAACACUGAGUAUUCACAAGAAAUUAUGAACUUAGACACUCCUUUUCAGUUUUUUUCUUAUUUUUUCGGUGAAGAAAUUUUAAGAUUUCUAGUGGACGAGUCAAAUAAAUAUGCCUUCCAAAAGAAUCCCAACUUUACAGAACCUGUAACUGUCUUAGAAUUACGCAAAUUUAUUGGAAUUCUUAUUUUUACUAGUGUAUAUCAUUAUCCCAGUGUCAGGUCAUACUGGUCAAACAUUACAAAGUUUGAACCCAUAGCACAAACAAUGAAUCGCAACAGAUUUAAUAAAAUUCGACAAAUUUUUCACAUGAAUGAUGACUCUAAACAUUUACCCAUUGAUCAUCUCCAGCACGACCGAUUGCAUAAAGUAAGAUCAGUGAUAGACUAUUUGAACAAGAAAUUUAUUACUGUACCAUUUGAGCAUCGUCUAUCAUUAGACGAGCAAAUGUGUUCCACUAAAAUUAAACAUUUUAUGAAACAAUACUUACCCAACAAGCCCCAUAAGUGGGGAUUCAAAUUACACAUUUUAUGCUCUCUGUCUGGGUAUGCCUACAGUUUUGAGAUUUACUCAGGAGCUAAGGACAAAGACCGUUUACCUGGCGAGCCAGACCUCGGAGCUGUAUCGAAUACAGUUAUUCGAUUGUUACGACGAGUACCAAGACACGUCAACCAUAUAACGUAUUUUGACAAUUUUUAUACGAAUAUUCCUCUGCUACAUUACUUGACCAACGAAGGUAUUUAUUGUCUUGGAACAGUACAGAGAAACAGGCUAACGUACCCAUAG